UGAAAAAAAGCGAAAAACUGCAGCGAAAUCAAAUACUGCAGUAAAUACAAACUAAAUGUCGUAAAUAAAAACUAAAUAUAAUUCCAAUUAAGUGGUAAACAAACAGAAAACGGCAAGCUGGAGACGCAUUUUAUGGCCAAGAUGGGCAAGUGGAUGACCCCCGAAGAGGAGGCACGCCAAAAGUUCAUCAUGCGGGAACGGGAUCGGGAGCGAAAGCGCAUCAAACGCAUGAAUCCCGAAUAUCGGCAAAUGGAACGAGAGCGGGAUCGAUUUCGCAAACAGACGCCAAGGCCCAGUCUGAUGACACCCGAGGAGGAGGCGCGCCACAAGUUCAUCAUGCGCGAGCGAGAUCGAGAGCGAAAGCGCAUCAAGCGCCUGAAUCCCGAAUAUCGGCGUAUGGAGCGCGAGCGCGAUAGAUUUCGCAAGAAGGCACGACGUGCUAACUUGACGCCCGAGGAGGAGCUGCGCCAGAAAAUGAUACAGCGGGAACGGGAUCGCGAACGGAAACGGAUCAAACGCAUGAAUCCCGAGUACCGUCGUUUGGAGCAGGAGCGUGAUCGUGAUCGAAAGAAGGCGCGACGCGCCAACGAGGCGUUCCGGCAGCUGGAAAAGCUACGUGAUAAGAUACGCAAGGAGCGUAAGAAGGGUCUCCUGGUGACUGAUCCCACGCAAUUGCCGCCCGAAUUUGCGGGCAUUAUACCGCCAGUGCCUGUUGAGCCUGAGGUGAUUAUAUCAACGCCGCAGACACAGCAACAACAGCAACAACAACAACAACAACAGCAGCAGCAGCAGCAACAUCAGCAGCAGCAGCAGCAGCCAUCCACACACCACCAACAACAACAGCAACAGCAGCAUCAGCUCGCCGCAGCAGCAGCAGCGGCGGCGGCAGCUCAUCAGCAGCGACGCCGCAACAUGUCCGCCCAUAUGCCGAUGGCGACGUCCGGUCUGAACAGCGCCACGCUGACGCAGCUGACGGCGGCAGCGGCGGGCAAUGCGGCCAUGCAUACGCCCGCUGGCCAUGCCACGCCCACGCAUCUACAGCAGCUGAAUAAGCUGCAGCAACUGUAUCCGCCGCCCAGUUUUGGACAUCCCGCCCUGCCCAUAGCCGGCGUCACGCUGAUGCCACAGCUCUGCCAUCCCAUACUGCAUCAGAAUUUGGGCGCCACACUGUAUCCGGCGCCACCGAAUGGCAUCAAGCAGGAGUACGGCCAGGAUGUGAGCAGCUUAAGCGCUGCGGCGGCGGCCGCUGCAGCGACAAGUUCUGCCUCGGCCGUGGCCGCUGCGCAGGCGGCGGCGCUGGCAUCGCUGCGGGGCGGACCGCAGCAGCAGCAGCCGCCGCCGGAUGAGCCCGACAUGGCGCUCAACCUGGAGCCGGAGAUAAUAUUGCAAACGCCACCCGAUGUCAAUCCCGCGCAGCAGCAACAACAGCACCACUUUAAUGCACACCAGCAGCAACAGCAGCAGCAGCAGCAACAUCAUCUGCAACAGCAGCAGCAGCAGCAGCAUUGCAACAUGUUCCAGCACAUGGCGCCACAGGCGCACAUGCAGCACAUGCGAGCCGCGCCGCUACCGCCACCGCCCACCGUGGCGCUGCCACCGCCACCGCCGCCGCCAGCGACGCAUCAGCAGCAGCAGCCGCCCCAGCCGCCGCCGCCGUCGCAGCAGCAACAGUUGCAACAUGCGCAGCAAUGAGAGAAUUAUGCACUCGACUUUAGUUCUUAAGCUCAACUAGCCACAAACGCAUUUCAAAUUUCAAUUUCAUGUUCAUUUUUUUAAGAGUGAAGAAAGUAUGAGAGCUGGCGGGAGUGUGUACUCACAGGUUGGAGUUGUGUGCGAACUAGUUCAGUGAAUCAACUUUAUUUAACUAAUUAUGCGAGAUUUCUAAAGCGGAUUUGCAAAAUGUGCUUAAAAUAAAAUUAAGUUUAAUUCUAUUCAAAAACACGUUUAAGAAUUCUGGCAUAUUUAGUGAUAAGAAGCUAAUGUGAACUGAUUUCGAAUGAACUAAACUAAAUUAGUUUAAAUUUCUUAGGUGCUUGUGUUAAUUCGAACUAGCCAAUGAGAAAGAGCCAGUUCAAAACAAUACACAAAUGUAUAUUUAUUUAUUAUACUAAACUAAGUUCUCUAAAUUGUUCGGAAAAUUGACAGUUAAGUAGCUAAGCGAAGCUGGUUCCCUGGAAAAACGUGGUAGCUAUUUUAAAGAACCAGUUCAAUUGAACCUUAACUCAGUUCAGGAAAAUGUAUACAACAUUUUAUAUGUAUUUAUUAUAAGUUCUCUAAAUUGUUCGGAAAACUGACAGCUAAGUAGCAUAGGGAACCAGCUUAAUAGAACAAAUUGGUAGCUUGUUUAAAGAACCAGUUCAAUUGAACCUAAACUCAGUUCAGCAUAACUGUUAACAACACUCCUCCGCUGGCGAACACACACACAAACAGACUCAUGUUCAAUUUAAGAAUGAAGAGAGACUCUUUGACGUCAUUUAUAAAAUGACGUUACGUUGUGUAUUACACUUACUACGUUACGUUACGUUACGUUAUUGUUUUAGUGGGCUUCCCUCAUUUAAUAUCAUCGUUUUGAGCAUUUCUAAGUUUUAAGUCCUUUGUUUUUGGUAGCUAAGUGAUAGGGGAUGCAUUUGCCCAUCCGUACAAUACAAUACUUGCAACAUUAAGAUACGAUACGAUAUAUGAUAAUUGAUACGUUUAAAAAUUAUAUAUGACAUACGAUAUAUACAUAUAUUAUGAUAUACAUAUAUAUAUGACAAGCCGCAAAUAAUUAUUACGAAUUUAUGCGCAGGUACGAGCAAAAUAUAUUAG